AUGGCGUUUCCCACAAACAUCCUGGGCGUCCUCAUCGCUGUGAUCAGCGGCUAUGGUCUUUAUCAUUCGGCGGACUCUAUCCCAAGGCUUCUUAAAUACGAAGAUAAAGCCAAGAAAGCUGCUGAAUGGAGCAGAACGGCCGAGAAGAACCUCUGGGAGAUCCGGUACACCGUUGGUACAGGCCUCGUGGGCUGCCUUGUUUCCGCCAUCAGCGGUGUAGCCUUCUCCCUCGUAGUACCCCGAGGCGUGGGAGUCUUUACCAUCGGGUGGCCCAUCAUCCUUGCCGCUGGCCUGACCUAUGGACACCGGUACAUGCGAUCGUUUUGGGUUACAAAGCCCAAGGUCCCGAUGAUGAAUGAUUUCAAUGAAGCAAUUUCGGACUCGAUGAAGGUGCAGGACUUGCUGAAUCCAUUGGCGGGGGUAUGGGGGCUUGUGGCGCUCUGCAAAAUUGUUGGCCUGUAA